CCCACACCCUCCAAUUCCACACCCCCCCAAACCAACAUCACAAUGCGCCUCUCCACUCUCCCCCUCCUCGCCCUCCUCCCCGCCCUAGCCGCGUGCCUCGACAAGCCCCUCAACAUCGAAGUCACGACGCCCGCCGACUGCACCCGCAAGACCGUCGCCGGCGACAAGGUCAACGUGCACUACCGCGGCACACUUGAGUCUACUGGCGCGGAGUUCGAUGCGAGCUACAACCGCGGCCAGCCGCUCAGCUUUACGGUCGGCAAGGGCCAGGUUAUCAAAGGCUGGGAUCAGGGAUUGCUGGAUAUGUGCCCUGGAGAGAAGAGGCUGUUGACGAUUCAGCCGGAGUGGGCGUAUGGGCAGAGGGCUAUGGGGCCGAUUCCCGCGGGGAGUGUGUUGGUCUUUGAGACGGAGCUUGUGAGCAUCGACGGAGUGAAGGAUGAGUUGUGAAGGAUUCUUGGGUGGUUGGUUGAAUAGACGGCUCGAUGAGAACACGGGUUAUGAAAACGGCUCAGUACAUGAAGGGCACCUCAAAAGUCAGAGAAAUACAAGGCAAUGAGAACCUUUCAGGUCUCGGCCAUUGACGACAUUGUUGCUUAUGCUCAAGCUACGUGCGGUUGUGCUAAAGCAGAUCUUCCACAAGGCACGGUGUAUCAAAACACCCAUACCCCUUU